UGACCAGAACUAACCGAUUAUCGCCACUGUAGUGCACCGAGUUAACUUUAUUGAUAUGUCCCUUCAGCAACUUCUUAGUCGACAGUUUAACUCUCGGAGCAUCUGCUACUCCAUUACAUGCUUGUUCUAAUGUCGCGUCCUGCUGCUUUUUUUGCUCUUCCUAAUGGAGUAAGUAAUAAGACAGGGAUAAGACAAAUAAGAACAAACUAUCGUUUAUGCAUAUUAAAAAUUAUAAUCGCAUAGACAGGAUAUAACAUUAUAAAAUGUUUAAACCUUGCACUUGUCAAUGAGAGCCUCCAACUCUUUCUUCAGAGCUAUAGUUUCUGCAUCCUCUUUGCCCAUUUUUACCGAUUUGUGUAUGCGACGCGAUUUUCGACCAACGUACGUAGAAGCAAAAGGAAACUAAACUACACCACUGACAUGCGAAAACUGGCAAAAUACGAUUUUCCACAACACAGAAGAAGCCUCAUGAUCAUCUACCCUACUGCCCCAGUAAUUGUAUUAAGUCGUCGGUUAAUUCGAUUUGUUGGGCAUUAGUUCGACUCGUUCACAUAAUUUAAUUAUCUACAUACAUAGUGACACUUUUCGGAGAGAAAAUAUGCAUAUUUUAUUUUUUAAAAGUACACAAAUAUUUCUCAAAGCGCAGGAUGAAGCAGGUACAAAAAAAAUUGUAUAAAAUGCAGAUAUAUCUUAUUGAAAGAGAAAGAAAAGAAGAUAGUUAAUUAAGAGAUAGUAUUUGGUGUUAUAACGUAAAUUAUGCAUAUUCUUUACAGGCCAGAUUAGACUGGAAUGUUCAUUACAAAACGUCACGGGCCGAUGAUGACAUGUUCAUCCAGGAACAAAUUGUCGACACGACCAGCCGUUCUUUUCGACCACAAAAACUGUCGACCGUUUCGCUUUCGAGUUUCCCACUUUCUCCUAUAAAUGCCAGAAUUUAUGAUAUCGAUGUGAUUCAUCGGACAGCAAUUGGCGCCGGAUAAACGCAUAUUUCUUAAUCGUAAUAUAUUCGAAAAGAUAAUAUAAAUUUAUGUUGUAGAUAUAUCAAUCGAAUUGAAAGACAAACGUGGUAAAUCAAACAAUUAUCGUGAAAUAGUACAGUAAAAUGACAAUUCCAGUUCUCAUAAUCAGUGCUUAAAUAAAGCUAUAUAUAGAACGUUGCGAUAUUGUGUAAUUCUGGCAUUACAAUUGAACUGAUAACAAUUUUGAUAACAUAUGAAAAUGCCAAGUGUCACAAGAAGAUUGACGUUGUCGAUUAUUUUGCUACUGUAUCAAGGAAAUCAUCUUGCGGCAAGAAACGAUGAAGGAGUCUGCAAGUUGAAGUUAAAUCAUGACGUUUACGUGUCUUCGAAUGAUCUUCGGUGUCAGGACAAUACCUCGGAUAAUGAUUUAUGUGUCAUCGAGCGAUACAGACCUACGAAGGAAUCUUGCAUGUCGAAUUUUGAUGCAACAGAUGUCCUGGUAUUUACCGUUGCAUCCAACGAGACGGAUGGCUUCCAAAGAUAUCUGAGGUCGGUCGAGGUCUACAAAUUUCGCGAUAACUUGAAGAUUCUCGGGCUAGGCGAGCCUUGGAGAGGCGGUAACGUCGUGAAAUAUGCUGGCGGUGGAUAUAAAAUCAAUCUUCUCAAAAAAGCCUUGGAAGAAUAUCGGAACGAUGAGAAGAAGAUCAUCUUGUUCACCGAUAGUUACGACGUAAUAUUUCUCGGUGAUUUGUCUGCCAUCGUCGAGCGAUUCCUGAAUACCGAUGCUCGAGUUUUAUUCUCCGCAGAGGCGUAUUGCUGGCCGGAUAAGUCCUUGGCGGCUAACUAUCCGGCUGUAUCGAGAGGCAAACGGUACCUGAACUCUGGUUUCAUCGGAUACGCCUCCGACGUGUACGAGAUCCUAGACAAGGCGACCAUCAAGGACGAGGAGGACGAUCAGCUGUUUUACACGACUGUCUAUCUACAGGAUGAACUUAGGCUGCGACACAAGAUCAAGCUGGAUCACAAAUCCGAGAUAUUUCAGAAUCUCUAUGGUGCGGUAGCCGACGUGGAGCUCAGAUUCAAAGGAGAUGAGGCUUAUCUUCAAAACAUCGUUUACAACACGGUACCCUUGAUCCUUCAUGGCAACGGAUUCAGUAAGUUGGUCUUAAAUUCCUUGGGCAAUUAUCUGGCCCGUGCCUGGACACCGAACGAGGGAUGUUUGUCCUGUUGGGACGGAACCAUCGAACUCGAUAAAACCAUACUGGGAACGUAUCCGGUUAUUUUAAUAGCCAUUUUCAUCGAACAUCCUACGCCGUUCUUGGAAGAAUUCUUUCAAGCUAUCUAUCAUCAAGCCUAUCCAAAAUCGAGACUGCAUCUGUUUAUUCACAAUAAUGUACCCUAUCACGAGAACGUAGUCUAUGACUUCUUCGAGAAAAACGGCCGAGAAUAUCUGAGUGCGAAACAAAUAUUGCCGAGUGACGAAAUCAGCGAGGUUGACGCGAGAAAAUUAGCGCUGGAGCAUUGCUUGUUGAAGGAGUGUUCCGGGUAUCUGUCAGUCGACGCGAUCGCGCACUUGGACAAUGAACACACGUUGAAGUUACUGGUAGAGCAGCAAAGAGGAAUCGUCGCACCCUUAAUGAUUCGACCAUACAAGGCAUGGAGCAACUUUUGGGGCGCCAUAACGGACGACGGAUUUUAUGCACGGAGUUUCGACUACAUGGAGAUAAUAAAAAAUGAGCGAAGGGGACUGUGGAACGUGCCGUUUGUCAGUAACUGCUACUUGAUCAAUGCGACCAUUAUAGCGAACAAGGCGACCCGACCGACCUACGAGGAUGCCGAUCUGGAUACGGAAAUGGCCUUCGCUCACGGAAACCGGCAGAGGGGUCUCUUCAUGUACGUCAGUAACAGGCUCGAAUUCGGCCAUCUCGUCAAUCCCGAUACCUACAACAUCCAGCUUACUUAUCCAGAAAUGUACCAGAUCAUGGACAAUAAACUAGACUGGGAGAAGAGAUAUAUUCAUCCGAAUUACAGCGAGAACUUCAAUCCCGAUAAAAAACCAAUACAGCCGUGUCCUGAUGUCUAUUGGUUCCCCAUCUCUACUCUCAAGUUUACUAGUGAACUUAUUGGAAUUGUCGAGACUUAUGGACAAUGGUCCGACGGGACUAAUCAUGAUUCUCGACUGGAGUCCGGAUACGAAGCGGUACCGACUCGCGAUAUUCACAUGAACCAAGUCGAUCUCGAGGACGCCUGGUUGAAAUUUCUCAAAGAUUACGUCAGUCCCUUGCAACAGCAUGUCUUUACAGGAUACGAGGACUACCCACCGCGGUCGCUCAUGAAUUUCGUCGUAAGAUAUCGCCCGGACGAGCAGCCAUCUUUGCGGCCGCAUCACGACUCCUCGACUUAUACUAUCAACAUCGCCCUGAAUCAGGCAGGUGUGGACUACGAGGGUGGCGGCUGCAGAUUCAUCCGGUACAAUUGCUCCGUCACCGACACAAAGCCUGGUUGGAUGCUAAUGCAUCCCGGAAGAUUGACGCACUAUCACGAAGGGCUGCGAGUGACCGCGGGCACGCGUUACAUUAUGAUCUCCUUCGUGGAUCCGUGAUGGAACUCAUCGUGCAUCUAUAAAUUAUUCAACUGCCAAUGUAUUAUAAAUAUAAGAAAAGAUUACGAAAGAUAGCGUGAGCUAUCGAAAAGAACUGUAAUUCUAUAUGAACAAUGUUCAUUGUUGUCAGCUAGAAAUGUCAAUUGCCACUCAUGGACUGAAUAGUGCAUUUAACAGAAAUGACAGAAACUGCUUAAUCAAUGUAUUAUUUUUGUACUUCAAUGUAAAUGUAUGUCCAAGCGUGUUUUUUAUAGUUAGCAAUCGUAAAUUUGUACAAAAAUAAAACAUAUAUAUAUAUACACACGCAAAAAAUUACAAUAAUUAUAUUUAAACUUGCUACAAACCAUACGAAUCAAUAAUAAAGUUUAUAAUAAUGUUA